AUGGCUGAUUCCGCCGCACAAGAAACCUACGCAGCGCCGUCGUCACCUGCCUCGAUUCUCAACCGCAGAACCUCGAUUCCUUCCUCCGCUAUCAUGCCCCCACCAAACGUCGCCGUUUCCCCUCCUCUGUCCUCUCCGAUCGACUUGAGGAUCCUCUCCUCCAAAUCCUCUUUUCAAUCCUACACCUCUCUCAAGGACAUCCUCCCCUCCGCCGCCUUCAACUCUCCCACUGCCGCAUCUCCGGCCAACUCCGGCUACGAAAUUUCGAUCCGCAACCGCCUCGUUAAGCAAGCCGCUUGGGCUUAUCUCCAACCUAUGUCCGCUUCUUCCUAUUCCACCGGCUCAAAUAUCUUCCACCGUUUCUGGCUCCGAUUCUCCGCCGCGAAUCCGAUCGCUAAUAGUCUUGGAUUCAUCAGAGGUAGUAUCAUUCCGGCCAUAGUCCGAGUCAUUCGGUUCUGCAUUUGCUUGUGA